CUCGGAUGAAUAUUGAUUUGGACCCCAAAAUCCGGUCGAACGCGUCUAGGGACACGCGGCGGAAGACCUGGACUUUUGGCAUAUAUAUAUAGUAUUGGUUUUCCCAUUAUGACCCCCUAGCCGCUGUUCUUCAAGCCUCAAAUCCAAUUCGAAGCCAUACGUCAAGUCAAAAUGGUCAGAACUGCUAUUCCCCUGGCUGCGCUGGCCAUGGCUGCCUCGGUGGCUGCCUUCCCCACCACAACCUCCUCAACCACCUUCUCCUUUGCGCAGUGGGUUGAGGACAUCAUCUCCCACCCCGACACGGCCCUCACGGUCGACGAGGCCAUCGCAGCGGCCCACGCAGCCGGCACCGUCGGCCCCGCAGGUGGUAUCCAGAAGAGGGUCAAUUGCGACCACGGCGUUGGAGUUUGGAAACGCGCACCUGGGCGGGAUGCUGCGGCGUGUGUUGACUACAUUGCUCGCGUGGGCGCCCUUGGCUACGACUGCGGCCCGAAACCGGGCGAGUACCACUCUCAAAUGUGCCAAAUCGGUGGCGCACAGAUUGUCGCGCUUAGGGGGCAACAGGAGCCGAACCGGGUAAACUGCAACGACGUCGCUCGCACUGCGGGUCUGAUCUUUGACAGCUGCUGGCGAGCCGACGAUACGGUUAUGGGCCUUGAGGUUUGCAUCAACAGCCCCCUGAUGGAUAUCGGUAUUCUUGCCGUUUGAGGCCAGAGUCUGGCAUUUGCCACGUUUGCAUACCUUCGUUCCGGCCCGUUCAUCAAGACUAAACGGAGAGGAACCGUGAAACAAGUCAGGUAGAUGCCCUACCUAUGCAAAUAGACCCAUCCUAUAAAGCCUAUUUGUAAAUAUUUACGAGCUGGUCAUCAUUACCAGUUGCUAAGCCCUACUUAAAUACUAGCCAACUGCUUCAGGUACUAGGCUAAUCCAAGCCCUAAUCUAGGGUAAACAAAUAUAUUCAGCAUGGCCUACCCCCAAGCGGUGCACUGGCAGUUGGAGCGGUGCCUGCACGCCAGUACAGAAAACCGGUCUUCCUAUUUCGGGAGCCACCAUUGCAAUUUUUAGAUAAUGGAAUCUCAAUAUGUAUCAAUUAAGUCUAGAAGACCUAUUGCGAACAGAAACUGAAGUUGCAUUUCCGUGCAGGCGGG